GUGAUGCUUAGAUAAUGAAUGUCUUUAAAAGCCCUUGGAGAUCUCCAAGUGACACGUGCUAUGGCAUUUUUUUGGCCUGGCUACAGAAAGGAUGACUCCGUCACUGGGCUGCCUUACUUCGCCGGACUUCAGAACUGCAAGGAAAAUCAGAGACCCGGGCUGAGGCUGGGCCCUCGUGCCUUAGUGGUGGGCUACUGCACAGCAGGGCCUUCCCGAUGAACCCCUGCUGUUUUUCCUUCCGCAGGAGCUAAGCGUUGCUCUGUACCGGCACCUCCUGGGCCUUCAGGGGAACGAGACCUGCCCUGCCCUGCCCGUGGUUGGAAAGGAUCUGCACCUUCUCUGCUGCGACAUUGACGCCGCGCUGAUUGACAGGGCCGAGCGAGGCAGCCCCUUCCCGGCCUCCAUCUCCUACGCCACCCUGGACGUCAUGGACCCUGGCGCCCGGGAGUUACUCUUCAGCACCUAUUUGAGCCGGUUCCGCCGUUCUGCCUUUGACAUGGGCUUCUGUAUGUCAGUGACGAUGUGGAUCCACCUCAACCACGGGGACGAUGGCCUGGUGGAGUUCUUAGCCUACCUCUUGUCUCGGUGCAAGUACCUGCUGGUGGAACCCCAGCCGUGGAAGUGUUACAGAGCAGCCGCCCGGCGCCUCCGCAAGCUGGGGAGGAAUGACUUCGACCACUUCCGCUCGCUGGCCAUCAACGGGGACAUGGCGGAAAGGAUCACGGAGAUCUUAACUGAGGACGGGGCCAUGGAACGAGUGUGCUGCUUUGGGAGCACCAGCUGGGACAGGCGCCUCUUGCUUUUUAAAUCAAACAGAUUGGCUCACAAGCAACUCUGAGAGAGGGCUGUCAGAGGCCUGCUGAGAACACCCUCCUGCACCCGUGCAGGGGGGCAAGGUGGCGGGGCUGAUGGUUUGAGUAUAGAACUGGGAGCUAGGAGCCUCAGAAUCUACAUCCCCGAUCUCAUGCUUUGAUUCUGAGUGGCUUUGGGCACGUCUCCUCACCCUUCUCUGCCUCAGUUUCUCCAUCCGCAGAAGAUGCAUGAUAAUUGUGCCCUAUCUCUUGGGAUGCUCUUAGAAAGUGCUUUUGAAGGUAAAAAGUGCCAUAUAAGUGCUUUGUACAUGCACUGUCCUUCCAGGAAAUAACCCAUGUUUUUGUCUUUCCCUGGGGUUUUUAAGAAAGAGGAAUAUAACACACUUCCACUUAUCACGUGCGAUAACUCUCUUAUCUCACUUCCUGUAAUGUUUUUCUUUAGUAAAUGUUUCCGACAAACUUCUGACUGGCCUUCCUCGUAUUUGUAAGUGGCCUCCGAAGGUCAGUUCCCAAGAGGUGUGGGUUUGGCUAGCGUUAAGAGGGGCCUAAACAGUAUCAAGGCAACUUUACUGCCACUUGUCUCAUAAGCCAACUUCAGCAGCUGGCCAACGUUUGUGGCCUUUGAGUGUCACACGGAAUGAAGUUUUUGUGGGACUCGUGUCCCUAUAAUUCUGUGACAAAAGGGAAAGCGCUUGAUAAGCUAUUUUUUAUUUUUAAUCAGACAUGCCUUUUAUUUUUUUCUUCUCGGCCUUUCCAUGCAACCAGUAAGGAUAUUCAGUUGUAUUUUAGAAAUCAAGGGUUCUGCUAAUGGAGUUUAUAGUACAAUUUUGUAAUAAAAGAAAUGCCUUUGCUGGUACCUUAAUCAUAGGAAGAUAAUUUAUACUUCCUGAAAUCAAGGGCCUUGGUUGAAAUGGUAUGUUAAUAUUUUUUCAGGUAAGACAGCAAUUAAAAGCCUUAAAAUGUGGGAAAUACAGUUAAAGAAUUCUAAAACAUUUCCUUUUUCUAUCAAGACACAUUUCAAUCCUUUUUAGCAGUUCUACAUUUCAUAUUUAUCAUCACACUGUAAUGAUUUUCAACAUAAUUCCAAUUUUAGCUCUUUUAUCAUUGUUCAGCUGUGUAUAAUAAAGCUAGUAAACAUUA